ACCAGCACGAUGAGAAUGGAGCUGAUGAUAACAGAGAAUGCACUAUAAGAACAUGCCGUAUGCUGCUGCAUAGACUCUGCCUUCUGCGAGAGGAGUUUUUAUCGCGCUUUUGCAAAACGAGAAAAUCCUUCAACAAUUUGGAUCCCCUCUGAAUUCGAGAGAUUAAAAAAGGAGGCAGAAUGUGGAGACGGGCAGCAACCCAUCUAGAAACCCUAGCUCUGCUUAAACAGCGCGCAGCUGUUCCAGGAUCUGGCGGCGCCCAGUAUUGCCACAGGUUCCUGUCGUCAUCAUCGUCGUUCGUUCAGUCUUCGGCUACUCCGUUUAACAGAACAGAUGGGCCUGGCUUAAUGGGAUGCUAUGGAAACAAUGUAUGGGGCAGGUCAUCAGCAUUUCUGGAGUCAAUGUGCCAGCCAUCUGGCGGAUUGGAUCAACUUUUAUCUCAGCAAAGAAGAACAUUUAUACAGAUGAGAACCAGUCUUAAAGUCGUAGAUAACUCAGGAGCAAAGCGGGUGAUGUGCAUUCAGGCCCUCAAGUCGAGAAAAGGUGCUCGACUAGGGGAUACAAUAAUUGCAUCAGUAAAGGAAGCACAUGCGCGUGGCAAAGUCAAGAAGGGAGAUGUUGUGUAUUGUGUGGUUGUGCGUGCUGCUAUGCAGCGACUAAGAUGUGAUGGAAGCCAUAUCAGGUUUGAUGACAAUGCUGUGGUUGUAGUUAGUAAACAGGGAGAGCCUGUUGGAACUAGAGUAUUUGGUCCUGUACCCCAUGAACUUCGAGAACGCAAGCAUUUGAAAAUUUUGACAUUGGCAGAACAUGUAGUUUGAGGCACGUUCAAAUUUUCAUUAAGUUUUAGUCAGUAUACACUGAUGCAUGUACAUUUUUUCAACUUACAUAGAGAUUUAUUUGGUAAUAUACGGAUUUGUUUCCUCUA